CCUUGUUCUCUUUAUAAAGACGUGCUGUUCCAUUAAUCUGUGCAGAUCUGCUCAGACAUUGCGAAAGAGAUAACCGAAAGAAAAAAAAUGAGAGUGAUUCUUGGUGUUGUUUUACUAUCCGUGGUUUCGCAUGGUUUAGGCGCUAUGUAUCAUUACAAUGGAGGGACACUGAAGACAAAUAAUUCGCUUGUGAUUUUGCCAACAUUAGAUGAAACAUUUUUUGAUUCUUUCGAUUUAAAACUUGAUAGUUUUUUAAAUUCAGAUUAUAAUAGUGUUCUUGUUUUCACUUCAGAAGUGUACGAUCAACAAAUUCUUGAAGUUUAUACUUUCAGGAAAUUGUUGCACGUUGCAUUUGGAAUAAGGAGUGAAUUAAAUGCAAUAAUUUUUAAAUUCAAGCCAUCUCCACUUGGCCAGUGGACAAGUAUUUUUAUAUCUCAAUAUCUUAAAGCCAAUAAUAUUUAUUUUAAAAUAAGUGUAAACGAAGCUACGUAUGAACUACAAAACUUAAGCCCAGAAACAUUUACAAACGUCAACGUAUACGCUGGAGAUCCAUGGCGUGAGACCCAGAAUGGCUCCAUCAAAAGAUUAGUUGUUAUAAGUUAUCCUGACGGUGCUAUGUAUCAUUACAAUAGAGGGACACUGAAGACAAAUAAUCCGCUUGUGAUUUUGCCAACAUUAGAUGAAACAUUUUUUAUUUCUUUCGAUUUAAAACUCGAUAAUUUUUUAAAUUUAGAUCGUAAUAGUGUUCUUGUUUUCACUUCAAAAGUGUACGAUCAACGAAUUCUUGAAGUUUAUACUUUCUGGAAAUUGUUAUACGUUGCAUUUGGAAGAAGUAGUGAAUUAGGUCCAAUAAAAUAUAAAUUCAAGCCAUCUCCACUUGGCCAGUGGACAAGUAUUUUUAUAUCUCAAUAUCUUAAAGCCAAUAAUAUUUAUUAUAAAAUAAGUGUAAACGAAGCUACAUAUGAAGAACAAAGCUUAAACCCAGAAACAUUUACAAACGUCAACAUAUACGCUGGAGAUCCAUGGCGUGAGACCCAGGAUGGCUCCAUUAAAAGAUUAGUUGUUAUAAGUUAUCCUGAUGGUGAGUUUUGUUUUAUUUUGUCUAAAGUUUAAUUACUUGGUAUAUCUAAAAGGUUUUACAUAAUUAUUUAUGGUACAUGUUCACAUUUUAUCGUUCACA